AUGGCAGCAUCGCUCUCGCUCGACUCUGACGACGAAUAUGGCUACGAUCUCACGCUGGAAGACGAAUCUCUGCUAAGCCUGCUCAUCACCGAAGCUCCCAACCCCGCCUCAGCACCACCACAACCUGAUUCGCUCGCAGAGGACUUGGGCAUCGACACCGUCGCCGAGGAGGAGUUCCGUCUGAACGAUGCUCCCUCCAAUGCCCUCUCUUACGAGCCGUCUGCUACGGCCAAGGCGCCACUACGGUCUCCUCGCAGUCGUCGCAGAGCUGCGUUUGGCACCGACAGCAGGAAGCACAGGGCUGGCACCCCGCCGUCGAAUGGCAACGGCGUCGUCAACUACCCGGAUCUGAGCAAAGCUCUACCCAAAAGCGAAUCCUCGCGCUCGCCCUCCAAACCGAAGACCACCCCCCCACCAGAACCUGACGAUGACACCCGAUCGCCCCUCGUACGAUUCCGAUCCUACCCGCGAAAGCCAUUCACCGUCACCGACCUGACGGCUGGCGCAUGGUGCGAGCUGCAAUACUUCUACACCCUCACCCGCCUGCCCUUCGGCCGGAAGACUCGCACGGCGGCAAUGAAGCAGGGGACCAAGGUGCACCAGGACCUCGAGGACGAAGUCCACACCACCGUCCGCGUCGAGAUCGCGAGCAAGGAGGACGGCUUCGGGCUGCGCAUGUGGAACCUCAUCCAGGGUCUGCGAACGCUCCGUGAAACGGGCAUGACCCGCGAGCUCGAGGUAUGGGGCUUCGCGGACGGCAAUCUCGUCAACGGCGUCAUUGACGGCCUGAGCUUCGAGAACCCGGACCCGGAGUUUGAGGAGCAGCUGAGCCAGGAGUCGGAGGGCCAGAGCCAGGCGAGCAUCACAGACUACUUCCCGUCGAAGAAUGCGGGGAAGGAGAAGAUUCCGCAGAUUUACUUGACGGACGUGAAGACGCGGGGGUCCAUGAAGGCGCCCAACAGCCCUGCGCUUCUGCGCCCCGCAAAGGUGCAGCUCUUUCUCUACCAGCGGUUCCUAUCAGAGAUGGCGGCGGACAAGUUGGAUUACCUGAGAAUCUUCAGGCGGUAUAAUCUAGACCCUGAUGUGCCGUUUUCGGAUUCGUUUAUUGCGCAGAUUGGCAGCUUGCACGACGAGCUGUUCUUCGACGUCAACUCAUCACCAGAUGGCGACUACGUUCCGUCAGCAUCUGGUGCGGCGAAUGGCGGUACUGACGCGGACGGAGCUACAAGUCAGACACCAGAUUUCAUCAAGUACAGAACCCUCCGCGAACUACUUCCUCUUCUCAGGUCCGAGUUGAAGGAGACUUUCGCCCACGGUGCAGACUCCGUUGGCCGACUUCUCGCCGUAGAGUACAGAUACCGCGGCGACGGCUCCCUCAUCGACAGCCAGGUGUUUCCGAUGGACGACCGCGCGCUGAAUCUCUACCUGGGCAGUACGCUGGAGUGGUGGCGCGCAGACCGAGAGCCGCGGGGCGUGCAGAUUGAGGAGGCUUACAAGUGCCGCAUGUGCGAGUUUGCGGAUGACUGCACGUGGAGGUCGACCAUGGACGAGGAGAGGCUGCAAGCUUCCAGACAGCGGCUGGCAAGUCGCAGGAAGAAUGCGGUCAGCGGAUGA